CUUCUCUAAAUUCUUAUUUUAAUUUGUAAAUGGCGGCUCUAAAUUCCAACAGUUUCUAUCAUCGCCCUGAGUCCAAGUUCCCACCUAGCUUGUGGGGUGAUCAAUUCGUCAAUCAUGUGUCCGACUCCAAGAUAGCAGCAAGCAUGUCGGAAUACAACCGAAGCAGGGAAGUAGAAGCGUUCGAUGCCACGAAGAGCGGCGUGAAGGGGCUUGUCGACGCCGGGAUCGCAAAGAUUCCCCGCAUUUUCAUCCACCAAGACUACAUACAGGAAGACAAGACUGUCUGCGAUCUAAGCGUUCCGGUAAUUGACUUGGGAUCGUUGAGCAAUAACCGCGGUGAAAUCAUCGAUCAAGUUAGAGCUGCCUUUGAAGAAUGGGGAGUUUUCAAGAUCGUAAAUCAUGGCAUCCCGACAAGCUCGUUGAGCAAAGCGAUGAAGGCAGUGAAGGAGUUCCACGAGCAGGAUACGGAGGUGAAGAAGCAGUAUUACUCGCGGGAUUACUUGAAGAAGGUUGUCUACAACAGCAACUUCGAUCUCUAUACAAAUGCCGCUGCUAAUUGGAGAGACAGUCUCUACUUGAUCAUGGCUCCCGACCCUCCCACACCGCAGGAGCUUCCUCAAGUUUUCAGAGAUCCGAUGAUGGAAUUCUCGGAGCAAGCUAAGAAUGUGGGGAUCAGUGUGUUUGAGUUGUUGUCUGAGGGUCUUGGAUUGAAGAAGAGUCACAUGUUAGACAUGGGGUGUGCCAUGGGAGAGUUUCUUGCUUGCAAUUACUAUCCGGCUUGUCCUGAGCCCAACAUGACAUUAGGUUUCGGUAGCCACACAGACAGUGGAUUUCUGACUUUUCUGCUGCAGGACGAAAUCGGGGGCCUACAGGUCCUGCACAAGGAUAGCUGGGUUGAUGUGCCACCUUCCCCCGGAUCUCUUCUCGUGAUCUCCGGAGAUAUGAUGGAGUUGAUCACAAAUGCUAGGUUUAAGAGCGCCUACCACAGAGUAGUGGCGAAGAAUUUGGGCCCCAGAAUCUCAGUGGCAUUCGUGUUCAGGAUGCAUCUUGCAGGAAGCGGGAGCUCCCAGCUUUAUGGGCCGAUCAAGGAGCUCCUGUCCGAAAAUAAUCCACCCAUUUAUAGAGAAGCCAAAGGAGAAGAGAUCGUUGCGUGUCGAUAUGCGAAAGGAAUCGAGAAGACUCCUUUACUGUGGUAUUUCAAGCUCAAUAAUAUACAACAGCCUUAAUCAGUGAAUGAAGUGCAUUGCAUUUCAAUCAUAUUCAUCAUCACCAUGUACUAUUUGUGUGCCUAUUUCUUUUCGUAGUCUUUAUCAAAUAAAAUGUCUUUCUUUUCUUGAA